GGUCCAGUUUGCCUUCCGCUCUCGUUUGGCAUAGUACCGUCAGCGAGGUCGUCGCGUUUCAUGCUGUCCGUCAGCGACUAGAUAUCGUAACCUCGUAUCGUAUCGUGUCGUGCCGUGUCGUAUCGUCCUCGUUUCCGUUUUCUAUUCCACCUAAUCGGAGCCGGUCAAAUGGAUAGCUCGCGUAGAACUAAUACGAUCCGGAAACAAUCUCGCGCUGGUGGAUAAUCGUGUGAAAGAAAGUUGUCGUUUUUUCGACAAGGGUGAUUUUGUUCGAACUUGUUCCUUCUCUCAUACCUAGUUGUUCGACGAAGGAAUCAGCGUGGUCCGCGUGAACUGCGGAAUCUUUGAGGUUCAUACACGUCAGUUGUUCCUGGUCAACGUGAUUCAUAAAGCGGUGUGAGUCUCUCCGCCAGAAGGGAGGCGCAGGCUCCCGUGGGGGGCGCAGGGGGAGGCGGUGGCGUCGGAGGCGAAGGGAGGAGAGGCGGUGGGGCGGACCGGAACCGGAAAUGGCUGCGAGGUGGCUCCUGCUGGCGCUCCUCGCCGCCCACGCCGCGGCUCUUCCUGAUAUCAUUAGGAUAGGUGGGCUGUUUCAUCCUUCGGACGACAAGCAAGAAGUGGCCUUUCGUUAUGCCGUGGAAAAGAUCAACGCCAACCGAGAUAUCCUGCCCAAGUCCCGUCUCAGCGCCCAGAUUGAGCAGAUAAAACCGCAGGACAGUUUUCACGCUUCGAAGCGAGUGUGCCACUUGCUGCGAAGCGGUGUAGCGGCGAUUUUUGGGCCGCAGAGCGCGCACACCGCCUCCCACGUACAAAGCAUUUGCGACACCAUGGAGAUUCCACAUCUAGAGACACGCUGGGACUACCGGCUCAGACGGCAGAGCUGCCUUGUCAACCUUUAUCCGCACCCCACCACACUCUCCAAGGCAUACGUUGAUUUGGUGAAAGCCUGGGGCUGGAAGAGCUUUACCAUCAUCUACGAGAAUAACGAAGGGUUGGUGCGGUUGCAGGAGCUCCUGAAGGCACACGGACCCAAUGAAUUCCCUAUUACGGUCAGACAGCUGAGCGAGGGUUCCGAAUACCGGCCGUUGCUAAAACAGAUAAAAAACUCGGCCGAGUCGCACAUUGUACUGGAUUGCUCUACCGAGAGGAUUUACGACGUGUUGAAGCAGGCUCAGCAAAUAGGAAUGAUGAGCGACUAUCACAGUUACCUCAUCACCUCUCUGGACCUACACAGCGUCGAUCUGGAGGAAUUCAAGCACGGCGGGACCAAUAUCACUGCCUUCCGAUUAGUGGAUCCGGAGAAGCAAGACAUACAGAAAGUCGUGCAAGAUUGGAUCUACGGCGAGAAGCGUUAUAAUCGAGAACUCGAUAUGGGACAGAGUUCCAACAAGAACAACCUCACUUGCAUAAAGACUGAAACAUCAUUGAUGUACGACGCCGUGCAUUUAUUUGCGAAAGCACUGCACGAUUUGGAUACAUCCCAACAGAUCGACAUCAAACCGCUUUCCUGCGAGUCCACCGACACUUGGCCCCACGGAUACUCUCUCAUAAACUACAUGAAAAUCGUCGAAAUGACGGGGUUGACAGGAAUUAUCAAGUUCGAUCACCAAGGAUUUCGCUCAGACUUCAUUUUAGAUAUCAUCGAACUGAACAACAAGGAGGGGCUGAAGAAGAUAGGGACCUGGAACAGCACCAAGGGUAUAAAUUUUACGAGGAGUUACAAGGAAGAGUACACUCAAAUCGUGGAGAAUCUUCAGAACAAAACUUUCAUUGUAACAACUAUACUGAGCGCGCCAUACUGCAUGAGGAAGGACUCGAGCGAAAAGCUGACCGGGAACGCACAGUUCGAGGGCUACAGCGUCGACUUGAUUUACGAGAUAUCGAGGAUUCUCGGUUUCAAUUAUACGUUCCGCCUGGUACCGGAUGGACGGUAUGGCUCCUACAACAAGAAGACGAAAGAGUGGGACGGUAUGAUGAAAGAACUGUUGGAUCAGAAGGCGGAUCUAGCGAUCGCGGAUCUAACCAUCACGUACGACCGGGAACAGGCGGUCGACUUCACCAUGCCGUUCAUGAAUCUAGGGAUCAGCAUACUGUAUCGUAAGCCUAUAAAGCAGCCACCGAAUCUGUUCUCAUUCCUCAGCCCGCUUAGCCUCGACGUUUGGAUUUAUAUGGCGACAGCUUAUCUAGGCGUCUCUGUGCUGCUCUUCAUACUCGCUAGAUUCACCCCGUACGAGUGGUACAAUCCUCAUCCGUGCAACAAAAACCCGGACCAUCUGGAGAAUCGCUUCAAGCUGCUCAACUGCAUGUGGUUCACCAUCGGAUCCUUAAUGCGGCAGGGCUGUGACAUUCUGCCCAAAGCCGUGUCAACGCGCAUAGUGGCGGGCAUGUGGUGGUUCUUCACUUUGAUCAUGAUUUCUUCGUACACUGCCAACUUGGCCGCGUUCCUCACCGUCGAGAGGAUGGAUUCACCGAUCGAGAGCGCCGAGGAUCUUGCAAAGCAGACGAAAAUCAAAUACGGGGCUCUCAAAGGAGGCAGCACUGCGGCCUUUUUCAGGGAUUCCAAUUUCUCAACGUACCAGCGUAUGUGGUCCUUUAUGGAUUCGGCAAAGCCGACGGUAUUUACAACUAGCAACGUCGAGGGUGUAGAACGGGUGGUCAAGGGGAAAGGCAGCUACGCGUUUCUAAUGGAAUCCACCUCCAUCGAAUACGUAAUCGAGAGAAACUGUGAUCUUACCCAAGUCGGCGGCCUCUUGGAUUCGAAAGGAUACGGCAUCGCCAUGCCGCCAAAUUCACCAUACAGAACGGCCAUCAGCGGAGCCAUCUUAAAGCUGCAAGAAGAGGGGAAACUGCACUUGCUGAAGACGCGCUGGUGGAAAGAGAAACGAGGCGGAGGAUCUUGCAGGGACGACAUGUCGAAGAGCAGUUCAACAGCGAACGAACUAGGACUGGCAAACGUAGGCGGGGUGUUCGUAGUUCUGAUGGGCGGUAUGGGCAUCGCUUGCGUGAUCGCGGUAUGCGAGUUCGUCUGGAAAAGCCGGAAGGUCGCCAUUGAGGAACGGAAGCAGAAAUCCUCGGGGAAACCGAUCUGCGAAGCUUUUACCGAUCUACACUAGCGGGCGAUCCUGUAGGGAUUCGUUCGCGAACCAGAAACUAAAGUAAUAUAAAAACGAACGAAACAAAGAUAGAAAGACAAAAAUGAACGGAACAAUAGAGAACGAACAGAAAUACGAAACAGAUUCCUAUGCCCGAGAAAAGCGUAUCUGACCCGACGGACCUAAGGAGGAACUCCACCACAUCAGUGAUCGAGAACUGUGUGAAACACUGACAGACACAAACUGUAGAAAGUUCAAACGAACGUAUAAUCAAAACGAAGGAGCAACGAUCCUCGACCUUUCCAGUUCUUUUUUUUUCUCUUAUCCCUUCGAGAA